AUGCAGUGCCAGGGCAAGCGCAUCCUGGCAGCCAUGGUUUCACAGAAGCUCGGGAUCAUCUUCCAGCAGAUCGCCUUGAGCGCUGGCUAUCGCACUGGGGCGGCGCACAUCUUCAAUGACAUCAUGGAGCAGAUCCCGCCGGACGUCGCAGCUGAGAUCAACAGGAUGAUGCCAGACGACAAGAUGGAGCCGCCGCAGCGGCGCAAAAAGUUCGAGGACAUGUGGGAGUUCAUGAAGACCAACAUGGAGAGGGUCUUGCCAGACGACCGCGUCAUGAAGGACAUCCAGACAGGCCACGCAGCGCCACCGUUCGUGCAGCAUUUCCCGAAUGACGAUUUCACGGAGCCGCUCACCAUCCAUGUUUCGGGUACCGAGUGUUACGCAUUUGCGUUCAUGGGCUCAGGUGCCAAGACGUCCCACGACAACUUCGCGACCUUCCUCAUGUGGUGUUUGAGCAUCCUUCGCACCAGGCCGCUCGUUGUCAUCCACGAGAUCACCGAGUUGCACCCAGAGGGCAUACUAGAGUACUUCUUCAAGGACACGUACACCAUUGCCGUCUUCAGGGUUUCGCCGUGGACGUUCGGCCUGCCAGUGCGACGGCCGAGGAAGUACACAGCCAUGCUGCGGAAAGACGUCUUCGAGUGGUUGGGGUCGCCAGAAGAGUUCGAGCUGCUGUACAGCAAGAAGGUCGUGAUGAAGUCCGAGGAUCUUUUCUGCGCCCCAGACGCGCAACAGCAGGCCGAGUGGUCGGAGAUCGCGAAGCAGAAGAGCAAGGUGCCCAUGGAUGAGUCUUCGAGGUACGACUCCCUGAAGUUGCUGACACCAAGUCAGAGCCGUCGCGCGAAUGAGCAGGUCAGUGAUGCUGAACGCCAGUAUGGCCCAGGCGUCGUGGCAGACAUCAACCAGGAACUUGGGUUUUCCUGCCCUGGCCCGUUCGUGCCUCCGCUGCUGCACGGUUCGAUCAUGUACCACAGCGGCUUACAGCGGACAGCUAUUGCUGCGGAGCACCUCGUCAUGCAAGGGAUUCCAGCGUUUCCUUUUCUUUGCGACGACCAGCCUGACUGCAACUGGCCCGACCUUUUGAAGAUGAACGUGAUUUCGACCAGCGACAUCAGGAAGCUAGCUGGCCUGGCCAUGCAUGCCCAAUGCCCGGGCGAAGUGGUCGGGUACGUGCUGAGCCGGGCGGUCCAGCGUAGCACCUUGAGCUUGGAUUACCGCAGGGUGAAUUCUUCUUUGAGUUGCGAUGCGUCCGAGCAGAGCGACCACGACAUCGAGGUUUCUGAGGUCACGCAGGGCCAGGCCGACGACAUUGAGGUCUCCGAGGUCGCAGAGGGCCAGGGCGACGACAUUGAAGUCUCGGAGGUCACAGGGGGCCAGGAGGUUCUCCCUACUAUUUGGUAUCCCGAGGACGCCUUCAUCGCGAGCGCCGGCGCGGAGGCGGGCGACGAUAUCGAUGGCAGUGACAGCGACUAG